AUGUCGAGCAGGUACGCGCACAUCAGCACAAAAUCCUCGAGUAGCUAUGACGGUGUCGCGCAAGAGGAGGCGCCGCUGCAAGCACCGCCCGACACUCGAGGCAGGCCAUAUCGAGCGCUAGGAUGGGUGUUGAUCAAAGGAGUAGGCUUGACCCUCGCCCUCCUCUUACCGCUCUGCUUGCUGUUCUGGUACAUUUAUGCGCACAACGAUGCCGUCACGCUUGGCAAGUACGUCUUCACCACUGCACCCGUGCACGAAAUCCUCACCGUCAGUCAGAUCACUAGCAAAGUAGCAGAGAAAAUCGUCGUGCCAGCCAUGGCGGUGUUUGCUUACUUUUGCGCAGCUGACUGGCUGCGAGGUAGCCAAAGCGGCGACGCGACGUUACCAACUCCAUUGCAGUUCGGAAUCUUGCAAGUCGUUCUGGGCUCUGCAAAUUGGUUUGCUUCGUACGAUGGCGCGCUUUACAUGCUCGGACGAAGCGGUCACUCUCGUCGUCCUAGAGCACCGCCCUUUAUCGCGAUGUCGGUCAUUCUGCUCCUUUGGUUGUUGACACUCGAGGCACUAGCGUUCUUUGCAGACGUCGCUUUUCACCAAACUACCGUCAAUGCCGUCUUUAGCCUUCCUCCCACUUCUUCGGAACGCGUGGCACUCGCAGAUGCUCGCGCGCUAGUGGGCGACCUUCCGCCGCUCGACUGGACCGUCGAUCCCGACACCAUAACCGUGUCCAGCAACGAUUCGGCAAACGCACGCGCGCAACUCGCCAGUCCAAACGCUGCGGCCAUGCUCUUGGGGCGUCGAGUCAACGAGACGGAGUGCGCUUCGUGGUCGCGACGGCAUGCCCUCGGCUUGGAUUUGAGCGCCAAAGAUAGCUGCGGCCUUUCCGACGGAUCGACCUAUGGCAAUUAUGGUCAGUGGGCGCCCGAAGGCCAGCGAACGUUUGCGAACUCGUCUGCAUUGCAAGCUGUGGCGUGGACAGACGAUGCGCACUCUAUCAUCGUUGCGGCCGCGCAGCCCAAGUUUUCAUACACUGCAAUUGCAUCAGGCGUCAAGGCGACCUGCGCAUCCAUCACGUCUGAAUGCACUCAGUGCUAUCGGGAGGACUACAGUGGACCUCCUUGUGGACCUGUAGGAUUCCUCAAUUUGAAUUGCAACGGCCCACAUGCAUACAAUGGCACUGCCCGCGAGACGGGCUGGCUAAACGUCGAUGGUGACGUCAGGGGUAGCAGCGCUGUGCCAGCGUCAAACCCCCUGCGCUGGGGCACAAUUGUCAUCUCGCAAGCUUACCUCGACUACAAAAAUGGUCGUGGGACCGCAACGCAUGACAACACAACAGGCUUUGUCGUCUGGGGAAAUGUCGGCGCUACGAACGUCUUGCACUGCGAGCUGGCAGUUCGUCUCGUCACGUAUCGCUUCGAGCCCCCUAGCACGUACACGACGCUGGACACUCACGAUGUCUCUCCAGAGGCAGCUCAGCGAUUCACCAGAACAACGGCAUUGUUCGAUGUGGGUGGACGGGCAGACCUGAUCGGAACCAUGAUCAACGGUGCAGGUCAGCUGGCAUCGGACCCGUAUCCAGAGGUGUACGGCCGCACGCUAUCGCGCUACAUUAUGGCUUAUUCAGGAAUAAUGAUGGCAAGCACACCAGUGUCUACACUCGAGGGACGACCCGUCGCAGGGACGCGGAUACAUCUGGGAGUUUUUGGUUUCUACGCAGCCGUCAUCUUCGUCGAGGUCAUUACCGUCUGUUGGAUCGCCAUCGUAGCUUUCGUGUACACGUGGAACAUCAACGACAUGAGCGUGCGAGCCGUGCGAAAAAGGAUCACGGCACCGUUUGGCCUCAUUUGUCAAUUUUACGGCGUGCCCAGAAGACCGCGCACGGAAAGCGGAGUGGAACAGAAAAAGGCCUUCUUUACCGAGGACAAUCUGCAACUCUUCGAGCCCGAAGCCGACAGCGGGGCGACUGGACUGAAGCUGCGCAAGGCGCUUUACACUGCCCCCGUAGGUGCAAGAGGCCUGGCACACGACGACACUUGGAACUUGAUCGUGGACUAG